AUGAGGGCCUCCGUAUUCCUCGAAGCCAUCUCCGUGUUUGCCGGGUUUGUCUCGGCUGACAGCAUCCUGCGACGCGACAAUGGCACCUAUGGGCCGGAGCUCGAGGAAUUCCACUACUACUUCGGCCAGUGGCCUACUGGUCAUGCGGUAUCAUCGACUGGUCGCCUCUUCGUCUGCUACGUGCGAGGCGGAGGAGCAUCUCCCUUCACACUGGGCGAGGCCGUCAACAAGACUGCCGAAGAGGCAUAUCCAUCUGCGGACUUUUCGAUCCCCACUACGCAUGUCAACACCACCGUCAACGGAAUGCAAUUUGGCUCCUCAAACUCCACCGGUUUUAUCAGCGUGCAGGCGCUGUACAUCACCUCUGAGACCGACGAUCGGCCCGAGACACUCUGGGUCCUUGAUACCGGGCGGCCUACCGUUGCCACUUCGAGCGGCAGGCUCUCUAUGGUAUAUGGCCAACCUGGAGGCCCUAAGCUUGUCGCAAUAAGCCUGACAAACGACACCGUCUAUGCGACCUACACUUUCCCGGCCGAGGUCGUCUAUCCGGACAGCUACCUUAACGAUGUCCGCCUCGACCUGCGCCGAUCCGCUGUGCCAGGAGGCAAAGGCGUCGCCUACCUUGUCGAUUCGAGCGCGGAGGGACGUCCCGGGUUUGUCAUGCUGGACCUGGGCACGGGCGAAUCUUGGCGGCGUCUUGAUGGCGACAAACACGUCUUGCGCGAAGAUGGUGACGUUGCUUCGUACAACGGCCAGGCUUUCUACCAAGUGCCUCAGGGAGGCGGCUCAUUUGCCCACAACAAAGAGGGAAACAACGGAGUAUCUCUGUCACCGGACUUGGAAACAAUGUACUUUACGACUUUGACGGGCAACACUUUGUUCGCCGUCCCUACCGCCAACCUUCGCACACGUGACGACGUGCCCUGGGCCGAGCAGGCUGCGAAGAACAACGUGACCAGCGUCGGCCAAAAGGGCGGCAACUCCAACGGUUCCGAGGGUGACUCGAAUGGUCUGAUCUACAUGAUCAUGCCCGAGCACAACGCCGUCUAUUACUACGACCCCAAAGACCUUAAAGUUCACACUUUCGUCCGCGACCCUCGCAUGCUGUGGCCUGAUCCACUGUUCAUCGCCGAGGAUGGAUACAUGUAUAUAAACGUUGUACAAAGCUACUGGAGUCCGAGAUGGAAUGGUGGGAAGGAUUUGAGGCAGCUUCCAGGCGCUGUCUUGAGGGCCAAGCUUCCCAACAAUGGUAAAAAGAUGAGGCUGGAUUACGCGUAG